AUGAAAGCAUCGAUGGUCCCAUGAAGUGAACAAUAAGAUGGCAUAUUUUAUGGAAUUGUCCAAAGAAAAGCUAUGAGCAGCUUUCAAAUUAUUAUUAGAUGGAUAUAAAGAGAUGACUAUGAAACAUAAGAUCAAGUGCAAAUUGAGUGACAUCUAUGCUGGAGUAUUCACAGAAGAGGAUGGCUGGAGUUCUUUGAUUAUUCCAUUUACUUGUAUAAAUCUAAGCUCUAGUAUUCCUGCCUUAAUAGCCCCUGUUUGCCAUUUCUUCUGUAUCUGACUCUGGAACAGCUUUAUGCACUACAUUUUUCAACCAAAACUUGCUACGAUUUCCCCCCUAUUUUGAAAAUGAUAUCUUCUGGUUUCCUAUGCUUAUAUCCCAUCUCCCAGUAUCUUCUUUUUUGUUGGUUGAAUUUUGAUUAGAGAUUCAAUAACUUCACAUAGUGGGUUGAUGAAUAUUCUUUGUCCUACAGAAAAGUGGAGAGCUUCCGUUUUUAUAGUUGUGACCAAUUACUGUCUAGGCCUUCUAUAAAUGAGACGUUGCUGAAGUUGUUUGCAAGCAUAUCUAAAUUCUAAAGUACUCUCCAUUAGUUAUUUUGAUUAAGUCCAAUUAAUUGUGGCAUUUAAUGUAUAUUUCAUGAUGUUGAUAAACUUAUUGUGCACAAUUCAACUUAGUAGGUUGUUUAUCAAAUAUUCCUUUAUUCAUUUUUUAGAAAAUAAAUAGACCGAAAAAAUAUAGUAUUUUCUAGUGUAUAAUGUGUCGCUAGAAUUUGAUUCUCGAUACUGUAUCUAUGUCAUUAGUAUUCCCAUUCUCAAUAGCUCAGAGGUCGUAAUGACAGUAGCCUUUCAUAUGUAUCUUCCAGAAUUUUCCCACAAACUGAUUGUGCCAGAGACAGCCUCUUACUGAUUAUAUUAUUGUAGUUUUGACUCCUAAACUUACUCAAUGGUAUAUGAAUCAUGCAUUUGGCAUCUGCAAAUGUUGUUUUGAGGGAAUUUUAUUUUCUAACUGAAAUCAUACAUGGCUACUUAUUUUCUUUCUGUUCAGUUGCCUGUCCGAUCCUAUGUGACAGUGGAUGUCGAAUUUAGGAUCGUAUUUCUUGUGGCUGAUUCCUGGGCAAGCCUCUAUUUGGCUAGGGGUCUCAAUCUUAACGAGCUUUUGUCCAGUAAUUCUCAGUUGGAGAUUUUCAUUUUCGCAUGGAAAAGCUGGCUCUUAUGAAUUCAUAAUUUUCUUCUCUUCUGGAUUCUCACUUGAUCUUUUAGUUUAUGAGCAGGGGACAGAGUAUGGAGAUAUAUUUGACCAAAUGUUUCAGUACCCGAGAACUCCUGUAGAGUUCAAGCUACCAGACUGGUUGAUGAAAAAGAAAAUGGUGCCAUACACUUAUAUCAAGCGCAGUAUCCAGGGAAACGGGGAAAGAUGUCAGACUGCUAAGUCUCUCUGUUUAUGUUCUCUCUAGAUUCUCAUUAGGAAUGUGAAGGCAUUCGUCUUUGCUACCGUUGAACCAGAAAUGCACAGAUGAUCUGAACCCUUACGAUUAUUUUGCUUUCAUCGGUUUAUGGAUAUCAUCUAUUUUGAUAUAUGUGCGCUUCUUGCUUUUGUUGUUAUUUUUCUGUCUUUAUGUGAUAUAAUCGUAUAUGAUUAGUUUGAUCGUAUUGAUGCCGGUUACAAAUAUAUGGGCAUGAGCUCCUUUGUGAUUAUUCCAUUUUGGUCAUGUGGCAUACCAACAAGAAUAUAGAGAGUUCGAAUUUCUUUCAUUGGAAGUUCUCCCUCUUUUUCUUAACUCAGUCAAGAUGUCUACCUCUUCAAGAAGACAAAAAUGCGUGUAGACAACGAUGGCAUAUUCUGUUCGUGCAGUUCAUCACCAGGAUCAACUAUUUGUGGUAGAGAUUGUUUGUGUGGGUAAUGUUCAGCAUUUACCCUCUCCUGCUGCUCCCCAAUUUUUUAUUUAUUUCCUUUCAGAAAAUAACGUUUCUUCUUGGUCACUGGUUAUGACCAACAUUAUAAGAACUCGAUUUUAGUAGAUUUCCGUACUCUGUUGUUGCUUUGUUUCGGGUGUAGAGUUUACUGAGAACAUCAUGUUGUAAAAUCAAUUUUCUUGUUUUCUUUAACGUCUUAAUUUUUGACAGGGCUCUCUUGUCUAGUUGUUCCCAAAACUGUAAUUGUGGUGGUAAGUGUCUAAACAAACCAUUUCAGCACCGCCCUGUGAAGAAAAUGAAACUAGUUCAGGUAUAGGUAUAUUUUAAAUUUUAUUUACUGAAUUUCUCUUUCAUAUUUAUGUUAACCAUUAUGUUGUGCUAACUUUUACGUUGUUUCCAAAAUUAGUCACGUUCCACAGACACAGGUUAUGAAUUUUGGCAUUUUACUUUGUUGAAUGGAAAAUGGUUAAGUUAAAAAGAAUUGCACAAGCAGAUAAAGAUUUGAGGGAACUAGUGCAUUGUUGAUUUUCCGAAUUCAGGACAUACAAAAAUAAUGCAAGAUUAAUUGAGAAUUGGAAUCGCACAGUUUCUAAAUGUGAAAUACGAUGAAUCUCAUGUGUCUAGCGUGGCCACAGAAACCCUGAGCUGCAGUAUAUUCUCUUCUCAACACUUUACCUAUCUAUAGAACUUGUCACAUUCCUGGGGGAAGUUCCAUCCGCAAAUUUUCUUUGUUUAUGUUUUACUUAGGGAUUAAUAUUUUUAGCGAUCAUGUUUAAUGGAUUUUUGGAGAGUUUUAGGCAGGAGAAAACAAAGCCAAAAUAUGAUGAUCAAAUUCAUGAGAGUUGGUUUGAAUAUGCUGGUCUAACCAUAUCAUAUAGCUCACAUUCACGAUGAACUUAGGUGUCAUUUGGUGAAAGUUAGUCUCCAGAAUCCGGUGUAAAAUCAAGGUUUAUUCUUUUUAUUUCCUUAAUAAUCCAGAAUCUCAAGACUCAUCUAAUUCUCUGCAGAUGGAAGUGAUAUGAAGGUGAUGCAGAUUUCUCUCAAAGCACAUUGUUACUAAGUAUUUAGUUAUGACAUCAUCCUUGUUUCUAAUGAAAGUAAUAUUUAUUUGAGGAUUCCAUUGUCAAAUAGAGUUCCAUUAGACUCUUCACCUUUUUCUAGUUUAAUGGCACUGGGUUCUAACGAGAAGUUGUGAAGCAUUAUCGUAGUCUAGUGUAAAGCUGCUGAUGCUGACCAUUUUUGUGGGUUUUAUGCUGACUUGGUGACUUUGAUGCUGACCAGCUUUUCACCAAAACCGCAGCUAUUGGUGAAAAGCUGGAUUUUUGGAAUCCGUCCGUGUUUUCCCUUCCAGCUGAUGAGCUUGGUACCUCUCAUGAUUCACGAAUGGGAGGGGUACCAAUUGCUCAUGGAUGACAUCAUUGGCUUUUUGUCAUUUUGAGGAAGACUAACUACGGGACCUUCAGUAAACAUGGGAUGGCAUGUAGUUAGCAUGCAAGCAUAGACAAUUGUUGAUAAGCACAACUUAAUGCCUGUGACAUGAGGAUUUAUAUGGGGAACCAUCCAUCAUCUUCUGGAAUUUUUGGAACAAAGUGCCAUUGUUCCCAUAAACUGGAGGGGAGGAAAACGAACUUUGACAAUUGGUUGGUUGGUUGCUAGAAAAGAAUAAUCUAUUAAUAGCCGAUUUCCUGGGACUGGGAUUGGAAGGAGAGCUUAAGGAUAACAUGAUGUCGGGAGGAAGCACCUGCACCAAUACAGAAAUAGAAUAUUGGGAGAAAUAUGUUAGUUUAUAGUUUAAAACGGAACAUUUGAAGUUUUAUCCCAUUUUUCUUAUCAUUUUAUUAUUCUUACUUGGAUGAUGAUAAAAUUAGUUGCCGGUGAUUGAUCUUUCUACUGUUGACUGUUAUUCCUCUUUAUCAAUCCCUCUUAUAGUCACAUUAUCUAUACAAACAUUUCAUGCAGACUGAAAAAUGUGGAUCAGGCAUUAUUGCAAAUGAAGAUAUAAAGCAAGGAGAAUUUGUUAUUGAAUAUGUGGGUGAAGGUGAUCUCGUAAAUAUUUGACACGCAUUUAAUACUUUAUUGUAAUUUGCUUGAAUAUUAAGCUUGUAAAACACUCUUGCAGUUAUUGACGAUAAAACCUGUGAGGAUCGACUUUGGCAAAUGAAGCACCGUGGAGAAACAAACUUUUAUCUCUGUGAGAUUAAUCGUGAUAUGGUGAUUGAUGCAACUUUCAAAGGAAACAAGUCAAGAUAUAUAAAUCAUAGUUGCAAACCCAACACUGAAAUGCAGAAGUGGUCCCCACUAAACUCUUUUUUUCUUUCAUUCUAUAACUCGUUUUCUAGCUUGGUACUAGACAUUUUUCACAAUACCUGAAAGAGUAACUUGCUUGUCUUCGUACUGGUCCAGAUUGUCAGUCAAAUAGUAUUCAUUGAUACUCCAGUGUAUGCCUCCUAUGUAUGUUGACAUAUGCUGCCAAGCUGUGCUCAUCAUAUUGAUAGCAUCAUCUGUUCAAGUUUUAUUGAAUGGCUGUGUCUUUUGGUUUCACGUGGUAUGAGGUAUUGAAUAAAAAUUUUAAGCUGUUAUGAACGUGUCUAAUUAUUUUAAAGAGGUCUGCAUAUUGUAAGUAUUAUUGAGUUUUUUCUCGUAUUUGUGAGAGCUAGAAAAACAAUGAAUUUUCUUAGUGUGCUCCUGAAUGGUAUUGGGUAACUUCAAGUAAUAUAAUCGUCUACAAUAUAGACCUGCCAUCCAUGCAUAUCAUGAUAUUUAUUAUACAUGAGCUUCAUGUUCCAUUAACAGAUUUAUGUACGACUUUUCGUGUACCUCAAUGAGAUUGACUUGUCUUUGCCUAUCUCAUACAUUCAGAUGGUAUUGCCUUGGAACCAUUCAUACAUCCAGAUUCCAUUGCACGAUGUCUUUAAAUAUCUAAUAAAACCUUUACAUUUGCCAUGAAAUUCCUUUCGGGAUUAGCCUUUCCAAUAAUGACUAUUUUGUCCAGUCAACAAUCCUGAUGGACGAAUAAGCUUUUUGCAGCAUAAUUAGGGACCAUACUUGAUAGUCCAAUAAUUUCCGAAUCCACCAAUGCUUGUUCGUAUCAUACCAUAUCAACGCAUAAUAAGUCAUCCUGUAUUGGCAAUCUCUUUCUUUGAUUAUCUUUGUCCAACUCAUUUUAUAGGAUAAUCAAUGGCGAAACUCGAAUUGGCAUAUUUGCAAUACGGAACAUUAAGAAGGGAGAGGAUCUUACAUACGACUAUCAGUAUGUUUUACUCAUUUGAAACUUGCUAAUGUUUCCCGCUUGUCUCUAUUGUUAUUACUUUGAUUAGGAUUUCAGUUCCUAAUGCUUCACUUGAUGAUCUUUCCCACACUAUUAUUUUCUCAUCUUUCUAUUUACUUUUGGAGACCUAUUAAAAUUCACAGGUUUGUUCAAUUCGGAGCAGACCAAGAUUGCCAUUGUGGUGCCAUAGGCUGUAGGAGGAAACUUGGUAACAAGCCAAGCAAGUUGAAACCAUCAUCUUCCGACGCUACUGUUCAGUUAGUUCAGCUUGGAGGAUUUCUCCGUGGGAAUGAUGUAAGUUGUCUGUUAGAGAAAUCAUCAUUGGGAACUUUUGCUUGUAACUAUUGGCGUCUCUUCUUGUUCUUUCCACUGGGUUGAGCGCUACUGUUCUUCAGACAUAGGAAUUUACUACUCAUUACUUGACACGUGGGUAUCGGGUGGUGAGGCCAGGACAGAGGCUGAUCGACUUUUCUUUCUGCAUGUUUUUGUAUUAGACUGCUUUACGUGAUAAAAAAAUAUAUAACAGAUUUUCUUAUUUGCUUUGUACAUGAAAACAACUUUAUCUGGUUCGUCUUCUCUUCUCAGUAAGCAUCCAUGGGAAAUUGUUUCCAGUCAGGAAAUUUUGUUUUCUUCAUAAACAUUCACUUUUUUUGUCCUGUUUGAUAUUGUCACUCCUAGAUAUUAUAUGAUUCCUCUAAAAGUUUGAAUCAGAUCAUGCCUUACAUGCUGAAAAUUUUCUAAACAAUAGAUAUUAGAGAACAUGCUAAUUCAUAUUGGUCCAUCCAUAUUUUAACUCAGUGUACGAGACCUAGUCUUUAAUCUUUGAAAGAGGUCCUCUAAAAUCGUGGACAAGAGACUCUUGGUUAUCCAUAAUUAUUUUUAUUCGGAGCUAUUCUACAACAUCUACCAGUCAUUUGCCAUGUCCAAAGGAGACGGUGUUGUAGUUUUCAUUUUAUUUGUUAAACGUGUGUCACAUUCAACUCACAUGCCGAACCUUUUUUGCUAGGGCUUGGUGAGUUGUACGUCGCAACUAGGUAAAUGCUUUCUUUUAACUGGAAAUAUUCUUUAAUUUACAGACGCGUUAAGAGUUUCUUAAUUAGCCACAGGAACGAAAAGUAGCCGAAUGCUUCAUAUUCUAAUUGUUAGCUGCAUGCUUUUGGCAGGGAAUUCACAUAUGUCGUCAUCCCAUGGUAUCCCUGCCCCCUUUCUGAACUGCAUUAACGCUGUCAUAAAAGUAUGGUGCUCGAGAAGUCGAAGGUACCAAAAAAUCCUUUGUUAAUAUUUAAAAGCAUGCAUUUAGUUUGGUUGCCAGCUUUUGUCACGAUCAUGAAUUGUUGAAUCUGGUGCGAUUGGGGAAGUAGUAUACGACCAAAAAUGCAUCUUUUUUCUCAGGAAGCAUUGUGGUGAGGCUACAUCUGCAUUUAUCCUGUUUCAAGAAAGAAAGGAAGAAAUGAACGACUUUUCUGAAAUCUCGGUUCCCAUGAAAUCAUAGGAUAACGGCUACAAAUCUGUUUCGUUGAACGUUUGAGAAUGAAACGCUGGUCAUGAUUAGCUUACUUUUGGGGCUAAAUAAAUAUCACAUGUAAGUUUGAUUGAGAGCUGGAUAAAUAUCGUGAAGACAAUCAGUGUACACUUUGGACAGUAAUGGGAUAAGGAGGCAGUGAAGGCCUAGGGGUGAGGCAGCAGGAGCUAGAGGAGGCUUUUUCUUCUAGAGUAAAACCCAGACUCAUAGACAGAGGAGGUGGAGGAUUACGAAUAGAAAGGAAGAAAAAGUUCUAAGAGAAGGAUGCGAAGAGGGGGGACAUUGUGAAACGUGAGCUAACGGAUCCUAACUACAAUAUUAAUGAUCCCUGAGGCUUAUAUCUUUGGCAAGCACUGUUGGUUGUUUGGGGAGAGAAUUUUGUGCAUUAAUGUGGCUGUAGGAAAACAGACUAGGUUCAACUGAUGAAAUGCUGACCAUGAUAAUCUAAGAUAAGAAUAAGGACGCUCUUGAGGAGACUAGCAAAAUAGAACAGAAGACAGCAUGAUGUUGAUCAGAUAAAGAUAGGAUACAGAUUUCGUCUUUUAAAAAAGCACAAAAGUGAGCCGAAGUGGCAGCAGAAUGUGGCAAUAGAGGUGUCUAGGAUGUUUGAAAGGAUCAAUCUGGUGACCACUGAGGAAGCUUCUGGCAAGCAUCUCGAAGGACCUGGAAGAUGACGAUAAUUGUAGAAGAAUCAAGUUGGAGAACGAAUGGUGUCUCCAGGCAAGGUCUUUGUGGAGGUCGGGCGGCUAAAGCCAUAUUUCAAGGAGCCGAAGAACCGAGAACGGGAAGUCAUGCCUAUUUAGUACUUAUUUUAGUUUCAGUAACUAUGAUAAUAGACAUGUAAAUGACGAAGAAUUCAUGGGAGAACUUCAACUUUAGGUGAAAGUUGGAUAAUAACUGUAGCUUAUGAUGAUCAUGCAUGUGGCAUAAGUAAAUAAGUGAUCUGGAGAUCUGAGCAUCCCCUAAAUUAGGUGAGGUUGAUUCAAGGAAUCAUGGAGAGAGCUCGUCGCCCUGAGGAAGUUUAUCAAACACAUUUUGCACUUAAUAUUCACGAGCACUUCACACUUGAAGAUUGCCUUCUGCCGUGUAAAGCCAUUCAAUGCUUUAAUCAGUGAUACCAAAUAAUUCCGGACUAACAGAAAAAUCAGCAAAACAACAGAUUUAACAAAUGAUGACAUUGUCUGAAUUUCUUCCUUCUCUUCACAGUUGAAGAAUCAUUGUCCAUCACAGAUUUCGUGGGUGCAUUGAUAAGGCUCUUGGCAGUACUAGAUGAGGGACCUGAAUGGGAAAUGGAGACCGGAGGUCUCUCAAUACUCCGGUGAUUAAGCCAUUAACAUAACCUCAAAACUUGCCCGUGAGCAUGCUGAUCUACACAAUAGCUAAACAUGUGUCCUUGGAAUAUCAAGAUUUGAUGGUAGUGGCGGCUCACCAACUGAAAAACAAUGCCAUGUGACGAAAUAUAUUUCGUGGGAUCAAAGCCUCUCGGAUGGAUGUUGACUCUGUUGAUUUUAUGUCUGUUUGUCAGUCAUGUUUGCUGGACUAUCAGUGGCUGGACCCAUUUACUUAACAUUAAUAUAUUGUACUGAUGAAAAUUAAGCUAAUCGUUGGCUUGCGAUGAAUGCAAUGGCUGAGAGACCUUUUCCAUUGUAUGAAGAAGACAGAAGGGAAGCGCGAGAGGGAGCAAGUCCAUGCCUGAAGGGAAGCCUGAGCUUUCAACAGUAGCUGGCAUGAGAGAACGGCGAGCUUUGAAUUCUGGAGGACUUGCUGACUCAGAAGAUCAAGAAACGAAGGUUGAAGAAAUCGAUUAGAUACCAGAUGACAGAUGUAGACCGUACAUUGCAAUUUUUAUUUACCCGAGUACAUGUGUAAAGCAGAGUUAAAUAUAGUACAUAUAAAGAUAAUAGGGAAGAUGCUCUUCUAUCAAUAACCUCCAUAAUAUUCUAUCUAAAAUGGUCGUGAGUAAAGUAUCAUAUCUAAGGUUUCGUUUUUCCUGGAUUUUAUCAUCAAUGGUGUGAAGUUGCUGUGAAGUCUACAAACAGAUGCCCAUUACUCAGUUCUCUUAUCCCAUUUUGUGACUGGACCUGGAAUGCAAUUGCUUGACAUUCUGUGGAUUCGUUGUCCCGUCUUUUGUAUGCUGGAUACGUUUAUGAUCAUAUAUGCUGGCCCUUUAUGUAUAUUUAGAUGCAUCAUUAUGCCGACAAUUGAAUUAGUUUCUGUUCGAUUCGUAAAACUUUCCUGUCAGUAACAAGGCACCAAAAUGUCUAGGUACUACGGAGGAGUGAUAUCAGAGUUUGACAGCCAGUCAAGGAAACAUACUGUAAGAGAUUUUUUUCUUUACAUGCGUACUUGGUAGCGUCUUGUGAUAAAUGUGGAAAUUACGUAUAUUAUGAUGCUUUGAUAGAUUUUGACGGAAGAUGGACAAUACAAAGCACUCGAUCUGUCUGUGGAAGAUUGGGAUCUUUUGUGA